UUUCAGCAGCAAUAGCCAGCAUGCUACGAAGCAUAAAGCAUUGUUUUUGUUACGAAUGAGGAAUAUGCCAUAAACAGCAGAAAAAGGAGCGUGAUAAGGUCUUUCGUGAUAAUCGAGGAAAUAAACUACUCACCACAUGGCUCAAGUGCGCAUGUGAACACAGAGCAGAAAAGUGUCCAUCUGGUAUUCCUGCUUUGCUCCGACAAAGCUAAAAACAUCAACUCACACACUUCACCUGCUGCCGGUCGGUCAUUCAUUAGUGGUUUUUACUCAACCAACAUACUAGCCAUUUAGUGUCGGUUUAUCGAUUCUGGUGGCCAUAGCAGCUUGGUACUACUUAUCAGUAUUAAAAUCUAGCACAAUCCCAGUCCAGCACAAAAUGGAACAAUUAGAUGCACAAUUCGUUCAAAGAACCAACCACUUUGCUUUGGAGCUGUAUAAGCAAAUAAUCCAAGCUCAGAAAGGCAAUGUCGUCAUCUCUCCGUUUUCGAUCAGCAGCUGUCUUUCUUUUGCCGGAAUGGGGGCAGCUGGCCCGACCGCCGAAGAAAUGUUCGCUAGUCUGAAACAUGGUAGCGCUUCAGAAAGACAUGGAGUGGCCGAUAACUAUGGCAAGAUUUUGCGUAACCUGGUUGACAAUAAUAGCCUAAAAAUUGCCAACAAAAUGUAUAUCAUGGACAAGUAUUCGCUAAAGUCAAGCUUCCAUGAGAUUGCUACCAAGUCUUUCCACUCCGAGGCAGAAUCGGUAAACUUUGGGGAUAGCGCGACUGCUGCGCAAACCAUUAAUAACUGGGUCGAGGGAAAGACGAACAAUAAAAUCAAGGAAUUGAUCUCCCCGGAGGCCCUUGACGAUUUGACCAGGAUGGUUCUGGUAAACGCUAUUCAUUUCAAAGGCACUUGGACGCAUCAGUUCAAUCCGGACAAGACCGUUCCCAGACCCUUCUGGACCAGUGAAACUGAAUCGGUUGAUGUACCUAUGAUGAACAUCAAAAAGCAAUUUAACUAUGGGCUGUUCGAUGAAUUGAACAUGGCUGCGCUGGAACUAACCUAUAGUGAUAGUGAAGUCAGUAUGUUGAUCCUGCUUCCCCAUGAGAGGGAUGGCCUGGCCAAGUUAGAAGAGAAUCUUCUCAAUAUCAACUUCGACGAUAUACGCAGCAAGAUGUAUAACCAGGAGGUGGAAGUAUUUCUGCCGAAAUUCAAAAUCGAAUUCGACUUGGAUUUAAAAGAGACCCUGGAGAAGCUCGGAAUGGUUACUAUGUUUACGGACCAAGCUGAUUUUAGUGGUCUUCUCGAACAACCCGAACCUCUCAAGGUAUCCAAGGUCAUCCAUAAAGCGUUCAUAGAAAUAAACGAAGAGGGUGCAGAAGCAGCCGCUGCUACCGCCGUCGUUGUACGAAUGAAAAGAAGCAUUGGUCGCGAUCAUUAUUUCCGCGUUGAUCAUCCUUUCAUGUGUUUGCUUCAAAUUCGCAACAAAUUGCUUUUCAUUGCUAAGAAUAUGAAUCCAGUGCAAUGAACGCCGUCAUCGUCAAAAACACACUUACGAUUUUAAGCUGCAUAUUGUAUGAUCAUGAUGACGCGCUGCCUAAUACUUCAUCCCUACUUCACCGCCGAUCAUCCAUUCUUGUAUAUGCUGCAGCAGAAUGGACAAAUUUACUUUGUGGGACGCAAAACCGAGGCAUGAGCGGGGUCCUCGAAGAAAAGGUCGCUGUUAAGCGGAGCUGAGGUGCCUUAAUGAAACCAGUGAAAAAUUGUUGUGCAAUAAAUUUGAAACCAUAUCGUUACAGACGAUUUUUU